AUGGCGCAAGAAUCUCGAAAGCCUUCCUGUCUAGUGAUAGGUGCUGGUGGAGUUGGUGUAAUUACCACAUAUUCGCUUUUCAAUGCCGGUCUGAGCGAGGUAUCGCUCGUAGUACGUUCAGACUACGAACAUGUAACGAAGCAUGGUUACUCGAUCGAUUCUUGUGACUAUGGUACUAUUGCGAACUGGAGACCGCAUGGGGUCUUCAAAACUGCAGAAGAUGCCUCUACAUCCGGCCACUUCUUCGAUUACGUUGUUGUAACAGUAAAGAACAUCCCAGAUGGACCGAAAAGCGGUGCUGUUCACGAGAUCGUUCGUCCAGUGGUAGAAUCAAACCACCAACUAGAUGCGUCUCGUAUAACAUGUAUAGUGUUGAUUCAAAACGGACUAGACAUUGAAAAAGAGCUCCUGGAACACUUCGACCAACACAGCUAUAAUCUUGUGCUACUGUCUGGCGUUCAAUUGAUAGGGUCAACCAAAAACGGACCUGGUAAUGUGGUCCAGAAAGGCCAAGAUAGAUUGAGCGUGGGACCCUUUGACGCCACAGACCUGACUGCCACGGAAUGUGCCAAGAAGUUUGUUAAGCUGUACUCCAAUGAGGGCCACAAUAUCGUAGAGAUCGAAUCUGACGUCAAGCACUCAAGGUGGCGAAAACUACUGUACAACGCCGUAGUAAACCCGACCACUGCACUGGCGCAAUUGGAUGCUACAAGAUGUUUGAAGUUUUCAAAAGAUAAAACGAGUACCGAAAAUUGCAUUUGGAGACCAGGAAUGUAUGAAAUUAUUGCCAUCGCGGCAAGCGAAGGUGUCAUAAUUGAUCCCAAAGAGAUGGACUUCUUUCUGGAUUUUACCAGACGGAUUCUUUACAAGCCCUCAAUGUGUAUUGAUUAUGAAAAAGGUCAAUUAAUGGAACUUGAGGUCAUUCUAGGAAAUCCAUUGAAAGUAGCAAACAGAAAUGGUGUUCCCGCGCCCACUUUGACUAUACUAUAUCAUCUUAUGACUAUCCUACAAGGUAAAAUUAAAGAAAGUAAGGGAUUACUACAUUUUGACGAGGAGAAGAUGGACACCACAAGUGAUCUAGAGUAA